UUGUGGCAUGUGUUGUAUUGGUGAAACCGAAUUUUGGAAGUGUUUCUGUUUUGAAAAUUUAUUCAAAAUGGCGUGGACAAGUUUAUCUAUCAUUUUGGUUGGUGUAUUGUAUAGUGUUGAUUCAGUAAUAUUGCCUUUACGCUUGACCCAUAUGGCCAAACGCUCUCUGUGGAUUUCGCUGUAGAUAACUUGGUUAUCUUGGGAAAAUAUGAUAUGGAUGGAAAAAUUCUGGUACUGCCACUGAAAGGAAAUGGGGAUUGUAACAUUACUGCAACUGAUCUCGAUUUUAAAUACAAAACCACAUAUAAAGUCACAGAAAAGAACGGGGAAUCACACAUGUAUUUGGACCAACAAAGCCUUGAUUUCAAUAGUACAAGAUUCUAUUUCCAGUUUGAUAACCUUUUCAAUGGAGACCCGGUGCUAGGUCCCAAUACUAAUAAGGUUUUGAACGAUGAGUGGGAGUCUGUCCUUAUGGAAAUAAAACCUGCGAUUGGAGAAGCAGUUUCAGCUGUUGCUUCAUCUAUUGUCAACAGUAUCAGUGAAAGAGUUCCUUAUAGAUUUAUAGUCAUGUAGGUCUGAAGCAGUGGCUUGUUUAUUUCUCAUAAAUCUCAUUAACUAGUAUCGAAAAUUAAAGAUAUUUAUUUUGU